AUGGUGUCGCUGGGCCGCCAGAUGCUGGGCUUUAUCCUAGCCUGCAUCGGAUUCGUGGGAACCAUCAUCGUAUGCGCCCUCCCCAUGUGGAAGGUGACCGCUUUCAUCGGCGCCAACAUCGUGACGGCGCAAGUCAUAUGGGAAGGUUUGUGGAUGAACUGCGUCACGCAGAGCACAGGGCAAAUGCAGUGCAAGAUCUACGACUCUCUGCUGGCGCUACCGCAGGACCUCCAGGCUGCCCGGGCCCUGGUGGUCCUCGCCAUCGUCGUGGCCGCCGUCGGGAUCAUCCUGGGGAUCGCCGGGGGCAAGUGCACCAACUUCGUCAAGGACAAAAUUGCCAAAGCUAAGGUGGCAGUGGCCGCGGGCGCGGUCUUCAUCUGCGCUGGGGUUCUAGUGCUCAUCCCCGUGUGCUGGUCGGCCAAUACGAUCAUCCGGGAUUUCUACAACCCUAUCCUGACCAACCCGCAAAGAAGAGAGCUGGGCGCCGCUCUCUACACCAUGCCCUCCAUGGGCAUGCAGAUGGCCGGCUGCGCCCUGUCCCUCCUCGGCUGGAUCGGCGUGCUGAUCGCUUGCGGGGCGCCCAUGUGGCGCGUCACCGCUUUCAUCGGCAGCACCAUCGUCACCUCGCAGACCACGUGGGAGGGUCUGUGGAUGAGCUGCGUUUUCCAGAGCACGGGCCAAAUGCAAUGUAAGGUCUACGAUUCUAUGCUAGCCCUGACCCAGGAUCUACAGGCCGCACGUGCCUUGAUGGUGGUCUCCAUUAUCGUCGGAGUAGCCGGGGUCCUCAUGGCUUUCACUAGCGGCAAAUGUACUAGCUUCAUCCCCGAUAAAAGGGAAAAAGCAAGAGUGGCAGUGGCCGGAGGGGUUUUUCUGAUCAUCAGUGGCCUUUUAUGCAUCAUCCCUGCCUGCUGGACCGCCAGUCUCAUCAUCAGGAACUUCUACAACCCCACCGUGGUGGACGCCCAGAAGAGGGAGCUGGGGGCUUCACUGUACAUCGCCUGGGGGGCGGGUGGUCUACUCCUGCUAGGCGGGGGGCUCCUGUGCGCCAGCUGCCCCCCCAAGAAGGACGAGUAUCCAUCCAUGCGCUACCUUGCGAACAAGUCUUCAGGAGGGUACGGGAAAGUCGACUCCGUGAGAUCGUACACACCGACAAAAACGUACAUUUGA